UCAUACUUCCUGGCGGUGGUGGUGACUCUGAUGCGCCUCUGUCCGGAUGAGUGUUGGUACUGGGUGACGAACUGGAUCGCUCCGCGGCCGCCCUGAGGGAUCGGAGCGUUGUGCUGCAACACACAAACAACAAACAGGUUCAGCAGCUGGAAACAUCAGGACUGAGGGGCCGGGGUUCAACUUUGGCAUCGUCCUGGAGGCAGGAGGAAGAGGAGCAAGCUGAGGUGUGAUGACCAUUGAAUGAACAUUCUUCACUUUAAUGCUCAAUAUCCGAGAUCCCAGACUUCUGGAGCCUUUAUUCUGAAAAUCUGCCCCAGACUGAGAUCACCAGCUGAGACUGAACUCUGAUUCAGGGAUUGAUCGGAGCAGCAUGUCCAGUGGAGAUUAAAGGUACUGCAGCCGAACACGUUUAGAUUCCUGCUGGUUCUGGACAAUAAGGUCUCAUGUGAAAGCGCCCUCUUAUGUCCAGUCUGAUCUGUGAAUUAAUUGCUGUCGUCCUUCCUGUCCUGUGAGUCUGUCUAAAGAUGGCGGACGCUCUGAGGACACUGUACGCCGCUCUAAUGGUUCUGUCGGGCGUGGCCUCCACCUGUGGGAACCUCCUCCUCUUGCUGGUGCUCCUCCUGAACAAGGAGCUCUGGACAGACACGAUGGGCCUCACCCUGAGCGUCAGCCUGAGCGACCUGGCCCUUGGACUCUCCACCAUCCCCUUUGGGGUCUACAGCAGCCUGGCCUGGCCCUCCUGCUGCCCCAGCGAGGGCGCCUUCUGUCAGGGCAGCGGCUUCAUCUACCUCCUCCUGCAGACCACCUCCAUCCACUCACUCACCUGGGCCACCUUUGACAAGUUCACUGAGAUCUGCUUCGCCCUCAGCUACAGCAGAAUCUGGACAGCCAGGCGACGCCAGGUGGUGCUGGUUCUGGUUUGGUUGUUCUGCCUGGUGAAUGCCGCUCUGCCCCUGCUGGGCUUCGGCAGCUACGUCUACAGCGAGUCGCGGUUCCUCUGCUGCCCGAGCUUCACCCCUGACAACAGAUAUUUUGUGGUGCUGUGGAUGUUAGCGGGCAUCGUGGCGCCAAUCCUCACUAUGUGCUCUCUGUACGGGUACAUCGUCUACGUGGCCAGGAAACAGGCCAGGAAGGGAACCUUCAUGUGCAAUGAGCUGCACUGCUACCACGUUCCUGCCAACAAUUACCUGAGGAGCUCCAUGGUGAUGGUCACAACCUCAGUGUGUUUGCUGGUGUGCUGGCUGCCCUACAUCUCAGUGUGUCUGUACGAGACACUUAGCGGUCAACAGAGUCCUGCUGUGACCUCUGCCCUCUCCGCCUGGCUGGUCCUGACCAGCGCUGCCCUCAACCCCUGGAUCACCUGUAUGACGCAGACGAGGUACAGGGUGGCGGUGCGUCGCAGCGUCUGCAGGUUUAUUCAGAUGUGUUCUGUUACGCCUCUGGAGCCCCGCCCACAGAGCUCCGCCCUCCAACUGGACACACCCAAUCACAUCAGCAUGACAACUACGGCGGCAACACGCCUGUCGUCAUCACCAUAAAGACCAACACCACCCUGAUCAACGCAACAACAGCAGAUACGCCCUUGACAUCAUCAGGUCCAAAGACAGAAACACCUGACCAGUGACAGCCACACUGCGCUGUGGGAAAUGUAGUUCAGCCUUCCAUUUCAGUUCAUAUGAUGAAGACAUUCCUCCCCCAUCACAUUCAGAGCUUUAAAUCCAGCUGACAGAGAUGUUUACCUCCGUCUUUCAGGUUUUGCUCACACCUCCACACACCUGGCCAGUCUUUGCGUAAAGCAGAUGUGACUGUUGGACCGUCGGUUUCAGACAAUGGUACAACAUUUUUUAAGACGUAGCCCCAUCUCUACAUUUCUACUUCAGAAAGACGACCAAAUGCUUUGUUUGAUGCAGAAUGUCAGUCUGCUAAUCUAUGUGGCUCAGAGUUAAAUAUCUCAACAACUACGAGCCGCACCUUCAUGGUCCCUGGAGGAUCCUCUGCUCUUCCUCUUGCGCCAUCAUCAGGUCAAAGUCUUCUCUCGCCACAAAAUCCUACCAGCCUCGGCGGAACGGAGUUUAAGUUGAGGUGAUUCAGCAUCUGAUGAGGAUCCUCCUGGACGCCUCCAUGACUGUGAGGGGAGUCCAGGACGACCCAGAAGACACUGGAGGGAUUAUAUAUCCAUCAGGAUCCAGACCCGGAUAUGUGGUGUUGAGAAGCCAGCCUGAUGCUGCAGACGCUGACUCACUGAAAUAUAACGUGUUGAUCCGGCGCUGCUGAGGACGGAACUCAACCCAGCUGAACCUUUCGCAGGACACCACUCUGAAAUGUGUUUCUAUUCAUAAACCGGUUCUGGUUCUAGCUGAGUUGAGCUGAUUUAAUGUGUAAGAAGAAGAGCGUCUCUGACUUCAUCAUAUCCAAGGAGCCGGACAUCUGGUUAUAUAAUAAUAAUAAUAAUAAACACUAUUAAUGGA